AUGUCUCUCUUCUCGCCCGCACCUGAGCCAGCCACCGAGCUCGGCAGACUGCGCAUCCUGUCUUCGACAGCCGGUGUCCGUGUCUCUCCUCUGCAGCUUGGUGCCAUGUCAAUUGGUGAUGCAUGGUCCGAGGUCAUGGGCAGCAUGGACAAGAAGCAAUCCUUCGCUCUUCUUGACGCCUUUGUUGAGGCUGGAGGUAACUUCAUCGACACAGCCAACAACUACCAAAAUGAGCAAUCUGAGCAGUGGCUCGGUGAUUGGAUGAAAGAGCGUGGAAACCGCGAUCAGAUGGUCAUUGCUACAAAGUUCACCUCCGACUACAAAGGCUAUGACCUAGGCAAGGGCAAGGCAGCCAACCACUGCGGAAACCACAAGCGUAGCUUGUUUAUGAGUGUCCGCGACGCGCUCAAGAAGCUCCAGACCGACUUCAUCGAUAUUCUGUACCUGCAUUGGUGGGACCACACCACCUCAAUUGAAGAGAUCAUGGAUAGUCUACACAUCCUCGUCGAGCAAGGAAAAGUCAUGUAUCUCGGUAUCAGUGACACUCCUGCCUGGAUUGUCUCAGCCGCCAACUACUACGCCAAGGCCCAUGGCAAGACCCCCUUCUCCAUUUACCAAGGCCGCUGGAACAUCAUGCUCCGCGACUUUGAGCGUGAGAUCAUUCCUAUGGCCCGUCAUUUCGGGAUGGCACUCGCUCCUUGGGAUGUUCUCGGUGGUGGCAGAUUCCAGACUAAGGCUGCCAUUGAAGAGCGCAAGAAGAAGAAUGAAGGUAUUCGCAGCAUGAUGGGCGGACCUGAGCAAACCGAGGACGAAGCCAAGAUGAGCGCCGCCCUCGAAGAAGUCGCCAACGAGCACAAUGUCACCAUCACUGCCGUCGCUCUGGCCUACGUCAUGUCCAAGACCAUCAACGUCUUCCCUCUUGUGGGUGGUCGCAAGGUCGAGCAUCUCCACGACAAUAUUAAGGCUUUGACAAUCAAGCUGUCCGAUGCACAGAUCAAGAAGCUGGAGGAUGUCAGAGCUUUUGAUAUUGGCUUCCCUAACAACUUUAUCGGAGUCGACCCCACCAUCUCGGGACAGCCUAGCUGGCUGCUUGGUGCUUCUGGCUCGUUUGCAUGGCAGAAGGCAUCUAAGCCUAUUGGCCAUGAGUAG